AUGUUGAAACAACUCUCCAAAGCCGCUCAAUCAUCACAGUUGCUGUUCCGAAACAAGAGUUGGGCUCUCGUAACGAUGAAAGCUAACAGAGCCUGCUGUUGCAAUUUCUCAACAAGUCUGAUGAAUUCAUCUUCCAAAGAUAUACAAGGCAACAAUGUUCCUUCUCCUGAUGACGAGAGAGCUUUUUCUAAAGAAUACGAGGAAAUAUUACGGAAAGCAUUGUUUGAAUAUUUAAAAGGUGAAUCGGAAUUUGAUUUGAAUGAGGAUGAUUUGGGCAGAUUUACAAAGGAAUGGAGUGGAAAUAUGUUUAAAGAUGAAUAUGAACGACAACUGUAUGAAGAACAAGCGAAAGAGGCGGAAAGGAGAGGAGUUCCAUUUGGAAAGGACAGCCAAACCAAUGAGAACACCUCAACAAAAGCAUCUAAUACAACAAUUCCGAUAGUAACACCUAAUGUUUCAGCACCGUCAGCAUCUGAAAUACCAACACUUCAACAAAACAGGAACAAGGAUACCACUCAUGAAACCCAAAAGCAAAAUAAGGAAUACUAUUCGAUCACGGUUUCACCAGAGCACGACAACAUGCGCCUAGAUAGAUUUCUCUCGAAAACAUUGGCGAUUAACUUUGGUCUUCUUCAAAAAGUGAUUCGAAAAAAACACCUGUUGAAGAACGACUCGAUUGUUAAAGAGCACAAUGAACGAGUUUUUUCUGGCGACAAAUUGAGAAUAGCAAAGGAAUAUGUAAGCUCUGAGAAGAAGGAAGAAAUUGAGAUCAACAGAACGAAAAACGUUUCACAGCCAUCUAAGGUGGAAAAAUUUAAUAAGACAACCCGUAACGAAACUGUGCCCAUGAUGGAAAAAGAUGAAGAGAUGGAUAGUAUAUCUUCCCUUUUACUAGGAGAACCUAUCUACAAAAAACAAGGUCGAAAAUUGAAAUUACAGUUGACCGAAGAGCAAGUUGAAGAAAUCCGAAGUUGGGUAUUAUUUAAAAACGAUGAAAUUAUAGCCAUUAACAAACCAUAUGGAAUUUGUGUUCAAGGAGGAACCGAUCAAAACUUCCACAUUGACGCUAUUUUAGACGCACUGACAAUGGAUGGAUUUGUUACUAGACCUAAACUCGUCCAUAGGCUGGACCGAGACACCACAGGAGUUCUAAUUGUUGCCAGGAAUAGACCUGGUGCCAUAAGGAUGCAAGAAUGGUUUAAUGAUACUCAAAUUCCACUUAAGAAAUGUUAUUGGGCAAUUACGACAGGAGCUCCAACACCAACAGCAGGAAGAAUCAAAAUGGCCCUUGACAUUCAAAAGGAUGAAACAGGAUUUGAAAAAGUAAUGCCUGUCGAUGCUAAGGAGGUUGGAGCAGGCAGAAUGUCCAUAACUGAAUACAAAACGAUAGAUCACAUGACUGACAAAAUGGCUUGGCUAGCUCUGUAUCCUGUUACGGGUAGAAAACAUCAACUCAGAGUACAUUGUGCAACAGGAAUUGGUUGUCCAAUUCUUGGAGACUUUAAAUAUGGCCAAGGUGUGCCAGAAUCGCUCACUCACGUCCUUCCUGAAGUUUGUAUGAAACGUCUUCAUUUACAUCACAGAGCAAUGAUCCUUCCUUAUUUGGAUUCAAAAGGAGCAAACAUUAUUGUAACAGCCCCUCUUCCAGAACAUUUCCAAGGUCUAUUUUCGUUCCUAAUGCUCAAUGAGAAAAAGGGCAACAAGUUGUUGUUCAAAUGA